AAACAUGUCAACUUUUCAAAACAACAUUAGAGUCAUUAAACAUUAACCAAUAACAAAGGUACAUACCAAACCAAGUACCAAGUUUACCUGGCAUAUGGCUAUAGCAUAAUUUUGUGUUAGAUUAUUAUUGUCCCACCACCCCAGUACCCCAACCCGAACCUUGGCUGGUGAUCUGUCAGGUCAGAAAUAAACACCAUACACAACACAACAUAAGAGAUAUUUUUUUUGCAAUUAUCAACAAUUGCUGUCGCAUAGUAGUGCUCAAAGUGAACAUCAAAAUUGAACAUCUUUGCAAAUAAAAACAAUUCCUAAACAUCAGAACAAUUGAUAUAUUAUAUUGACCUAGAAUUCUAGCGCCAUAUAUUAUGGAAUAUCUAUCAUUCAUACCUACAUAGUAAUGUUAUUAUUGUUGUCCCAAUGAAUAAAUGCUGAGCUAGCAGCUAGCAGAUUAAAACGAAAUUCGAGGAAUUACUUACUCAUGAUAAUGUUUUAAAUAAUUAUUGCGAAAAUUGUGCUGCAGUCCUGAAACUGAUGUCCACAGGAACCAGUUUAUACCAAACUCGACCAGACGAUUCUGAUAAACUAUUGAAGCAACUAUUGGAAUAUGUGCAACGCUGUCAAAGAAGAUUUGGUGGUAAACAGGAACUAGCGACUGAAUUCGACUCUUGUGUAGCUGGUCUUUGUUUAUGCCUUGAAGCAGUUUUUUUACAUGGCUUGAAAACUAAACCUAAUGUAACUCAACCUCAAACCAACUCAACAUUGAAACAGGUCUCUGAUAUUGUUGCUCAGAGUUUACAUAUUCGUCAAGAGAGUAUUUCAUUUUGGUUAUUUAUUGAAAAACAUCUGACUAAGCAUGAACGGGAAAGGUUUAUAAUCUUGAAAAACGUCUGGACAGAUAUUGGAAAGUGUAAAGCUUGGGUGAGAGCUGCUUUGAAUGAAAAAUCUCUAGAAAGGUACUUCCACAUUGUAUUGAGCGACAAAAAUAUAUUGAAAAAACAUUAUGAAGCUUCUGCGCUUCUCCGAGAUGAAGAAAGAAAUAGUAUGUUGCCAAACAUGGCUGCAGGGUUGGGAUCAAUCUUAUUUGCAAUAAGUAUAGACAAACUCGAAUUUAAUACUUCAAUUGCUCCCAGGCCCACUUUGAUUGGUUAUCAAGAUGAACCUAUUAUAGAAGUACCUAUUCCAGAUAACAAAGAAAAGAGGGACAAAACUAAAAAAAAAGUUGCAAGACAAAUAAUAUCCUUUGAUGAAGAAGAUAGUAUGCUCUCAACAAGUGUUCCUUCCAUUUCAAGCAGUAGUACAUGUUCGGAUAACAGCAGUUUAGGAAAUCAACAUAAAGUUUCUGAUAAUAAUAAUCGCAAAUCAGUCAUGGAGCAACAUAGUGUUACCAAUACUCAAAAAAUUGAUGUUGACGCAGGGUCGAGCAAUAGCCGUGCUGAGAAUUCUCAAAUUAAUACUAAAAAACAAAGUGAUAUAGAUAAUGAUAUUUUUAAGAACAAUUCUGAUAAUUCCAUGGUUAGAAAAUUGUCAAUAGAAAAUAGUGGUUCUAGAAAUAAGUUUUCAACAAAUGUACCUGAGACUUUAACCCCUAUAAAUCAUAAUAGUAUUGGAGAAUUGACUCCAGUAUCUGUUGAAAGGAUUAGAGAUUUUAAUGAUGAAUCUCCAGAUAUCUCAGAUGAUGUUUUAGAAGUGCCAACAGAUAUUUCGGCAGUAUUGACUGUGGUUGAAAAUAAGAACCAAGAGGAAAUCAAACGAAGAGAUGAAAGGAUAAGGCUGUUGUCAAAAGAGAAUGAUGCUUUGAAGGACCAAGUAAAAAAAUAUGUGAGCGCCAUUCAAAUGUUGGGAAGAGAUGAGGAAGAUUUGGAGAAAGCUCUUGAUGGAUUGCAUAUCGAUUCUCUACCGGAUUAUAAAGGAGAAGCUAAAAUUUUUGAACAAAAAUUAGUGCAGGUAGCAGAAAUGCAUGCAGAGCUGAUGGACUUCAAUGUGAUGUUACAAAAGACCCUCCACCAAAAAGACAAUCAUUUAGAACGGUUGAAGAACGAACUUCAAGAACUUAGAGGCCCUAUGGCCAAAGAUGAAGUGAACUCUGACGAUAACCGCUCAUGUGUCAAUAUUUGGAUACCUUCAGCUUUUUUAACAGGGUCAGGAACUAAUUCUCAUCAUGUAUACCAAGUGUUUCUCAGGGCAGGAAAUGAGGAAUGGAAUAUUUAUAGAAGAUACGCCCAGUUUUAUGCUUUACAUUCCGACUUAAAAAAGUUAGAUCCUGUGGUUGGAACUUUCAAUUUUCCACCAAAAAAAAGUAUUGGCAAAAAGGAUUCAGCUUUAGUGGAAGAACGAAGAAAACGACUACAAAUUUACCUUAGAAAAGUAGUAGCUCAUUGGCCUGAGUUAGCUCAAUGUACUAGUAGGUUCUUGUUGGAGCAGCAUUUGAAUUUCUUCAAAGAUUGUAACGAAGAGGAAGCCAAAAAAAAUAUGUUUACUGCAAGAAGAACAGGCAGUUCCAAUAAUUAUUCUGGGUUAUAAAAUUAAGCUUGUGAUAUGUAUGAUAUGUUAUUAUUAUUAUAGGAAUCAAUAAUUGCGGUAAAAUAUCGCAAAGUGUUACCUGUAGAAGAAUUAUUAUUGUUGGCUGUUGUUAGGAAUUUAUUUGGGUCUGGUUACGUAAAUCAAUUUAAAUGGCCCUAGCCUAGCUGCUAAUUAAUUUAGCCAUUUUAUAAUAUAGUACAUAUAUUUUUUGAUAGUUGAUAGAGCAACAUUACUAUUUUUUAGCUAUCAACUGUUAAAAAACAGGCUCAACGAAUUUAGGAAGUUAAUCAGAUGAGAUAAUAUAAUUUAUUAUUUAUUUUGACUAUGUAUGUAUUAAGUUUAAUGUGCAAUACUGCUUAUUAUAAGAAGGGUUUCUUUCUCGUAGUUUACAUAUUGUAUAUUCAGAAGGAGAAGAUACACAUUUUCUACGGACUGUGUCAAAUAGUGAGGAGCCAGCGUGCCGCUUGAUAAUGGAUUCCUCCUCCAAAUUCGACAUAUUAUUUUUUUUCUACGAUCACAAAUGAAUAAACAUAAUGAAAAAGGCAAAAUAAGGAUCAUUAAGAUUUAUCGCCAACAGUUGUUUCUUUUUGACGAGCAAAGCAACAAGAAGAGUAAUUUUUCUAUCUGUUUCCUCCAGCGUUUGUGUAAUGAGUAAUUGAAGUAGCAACCCUUUUUUGAUCUGAGUUGUAUUUCCCAAAUUUCAAAAUAAUCUGUAAUCCUAAAAAUUAUGGUUUUUCAGUGUUGAAAGGUUUUCCACAUUUGACAUUUCAUGUAAAUGGGAUCCUUUUUUGACUUACAAGACCCUACUAUAGUGAAGAUUUUAAUUAGAAGACCUUUCAUAAAGCAUUUUAAUUUUCAUUUCUAUUACUUGUUCGUUAUUUUAUUUUAUUUUUGCAUUAAAAUAAUACAUAAACAAUGUGAAGUAAGGUUUGCAACAAGCUGGAUUUUUUUUCAAAUUAUCAGAAUUUUCUAUACAAAACCCAAAAAUAAUCUAUAAGACCAUUUGAUGCAAACUGUACUUCUCACAUAGACCAUAGUUGAUAUAAUAAUAAAAAAUGAGAAAAAAAAAACAACAUAUUUAUAUGCAAUGCAACAUUCUACUUGAUUUGACCAUUACAUUUUUAUUCCACAUGUUAUGUUUUAAGAGGCCAUAUUCAAACAACUGAUAAUAACACUUUUUUGCAUAAGUACAUAAUAAUAUAUUCUAUAUAGGCACACAUGAGAAUAAUUUUGAAAAAUGGGAACAGUGUUCAAGUAACCACCGCAACUGUCAUUCUGGUUAUUAUCAAGAAUCUAUUUAGGUAGGCAUUGGAAAUUAGAAUAUCCUUGUUGACCGAUUUUCUCCUUGCAACAACAGAUUUUAAAUUUUCACAAUAACAUAAAAUUUAACCAAACUAAGCAAAAUAUAAUUGAAUUAUAAAACAUCUAAAGAUCUUCUAAACUUUAAAAUGAAACGCGAAUGCAAAACGCGCCUAACAUAUUAUACAAUAAUAAUUUGUUCCAAUUGCACAAAAGGUAACUAUCAUUUGUUUGUAAAAUGGUCCUAUGCAUACGUAUUACCUAUGUAUUUAUAAUUUAUAUUAACUUUCAACCAAAUUAUGUUACAAAAUAAAUAUUUUUUUAUAGAACUGUC